AUGGCCUUGGAUUUUGGCUUUGGUUUUGUAGCUGGUGUGACAGGUACAAUCGCCGGUUAUCCAUUUGAUACAGUUAAAGUUCGUCUUCAAACACAAACACUCAGUCAUCGAUUGUAUUCUGGUUCAUUAGAUUGUUUUAUUAAAAUUGCCAAGCAAGAAUCAGUAUUAGGAUUUUACAAAGGCAUGUCAUCCCCUAUGUUUGGUGUUGCACUUAUUAAUGGAGUUGUAUUUUCUGUUCAAAAUUUUUCAAAAGUCUUAUUUGAAGAUCCUAACACAUAUGCAGCAUUAGCAGCAACUGGCGCUAUUGCAGGUGGUGUACAAGCUUCUAUUUGUUCUCCAAUUGAACUUAUUAAAACACGCUUACAAAUGCAAGGUAUUGGACAACAAAGAAAAUUAUUUACAUUAUCAACAAAUUUAUAUAAGGGUCCAAUCGACUGUUUGAACAAAUCUUACACUCGCCAAGGUUUUCGAUAUGGUGUAAUGCGUGGUUUAUCGAUGACUCUAGCACGUGAUAUUCCAUCGUUUGCUGCUUAUUUUCCAGCAUGGCAAUUUUUUGUUUCACAUUUUUCUCCAACUGGUAAAGAAGCUGAUAUGCCUAUGUAUAUGAGUUUAAUAGGCGGUGCUUUUACUGGUAUUGCUGCUUGGACUGUAUCAUAUCCAUUUGAUGUUAUUAAAAGUCGAUAUCAAGCAGCAAGAGAACAUGUCUAUAAAAAUGUAUGGGAUUGUACGGUUAAAUCGCUUCGUACUGAAGGAUGGCGAGUAUUUACUCGAGGUUUUGUACCUUGUACUAUUCGUGCAAUUCCAACAAAUGCAUUUACAUAUCCAGUUUAUGCAUUUUUAAAACAAACAUUUGAUACACCGAGAGAUGAUGAUUCAAUAAUCACAACAACGACAACAACAAAACCUGUUACUAAAUUACAAUCAUCAUCAUCUUCAUUGACGGAAAAACAAUCAAUCACUCCUAUACAAUCAAUAUAA